UGGAGGUGGAGAUCCUCCUCUCCAAGGACCACCCACUCAGGGUGAGUUUCCCCAAUUCGGACUUUCCACUACUAUCCCCUCCAGGGGCGGGGCUCCAACUCCAGGUAACCAGACCAGGCAACUUGGACUCCCAAUUAGCAGAGGAGAUCCUAGCCAGCCUGGCCAAUCAUGCCCGGAAAGCCAAGACUACCAGACGUGACGUCAGACAUGAGUAAGUUGGCGCGUCACCUAGACGUCAGCCUCUUACCUCUCGGACGUCCCGUCCCAGGAGCAGAACUCCUGCUACUUUGGGCCCCGCCCCCGUGAGAGUGGAGAGCGGCCAAUGAGGGCGGUUCUGAAGGGAACAAGGCCAAUCAGAGGAGCCCGGGGCGUGGCGCGGGGCCGGAGGGUGGAGCGGGUGGUGGCGGUGGCAGUCCGAGGUCUGGCUGCGCGCAGUAUAUGACAGUACGUCAGCAGCGGGAUGGCCCUAGCUGUGGCGGCGGCUGCAGAAGCCCAAGCAGCCGCGGCCGCAGUGGAGGCUAAAGCCGGUGCGGUGGCGGCGGCAGCACCCCAGGGAGUUUAAGAUGGCGGCGGGGGGGGCAGCGGGCCUGCGGGAGGAGCAGCGCUAUGGGUUGUCGUGCGGACGGCUGGGGCAGGACAACAUCACCGUACUGCAUGUGAAGCUCACCGAGACGGCGAUCCGGGCGCUUGAGACUUACCAGACCCACAAGAAUUUAAUUCCUUUUCGACCUUCAAUUCAGUUCCAAGGACUCCACGGGCUUGUCAAAAUUCCCAAAAAUGAUCCCCUCAAUGAAGUUCAUAACUUUAACUUUUAUUUGUCAAAUGUGGGCAAAGACAACCCUCAGGGCAGCUUUGACUGCAUCCAGCAAACAUUCUCCAGCUCUGGAGCCUCCCAGCUCAAUUGCCUGGGAUUUAUACAAGAUAAAAUUACAGUGUGUGCAACAAACGACUCGUAUCAGAUGACACGAGAAAGAAUGACCCAGGCAGAGGAGGAAUCCCGCAACCGAAGCACAAAAGUUAUCAAACCCGGUGGACCAUAUGUAGGGAAAAGAGUGCAAAUUCGGAAAGCACCUCAAGCUGUUUCAGAUACAGUUCCUGAGAGGAAAAGGUCAACCCCCAUGAACCCUGCAAAUACAAUUCGAAAGGCACACAGCAGCAGCAGUGUCUCUCAGAGGCCAUAUAGGGACAGGGUGAUUCACUUACUGGCCCUGAAGGCCUACAAGAAACCGGAGCUACUUGCUAGACUCCAGAAAGAUGGUGUCAAUCAAAAAGACAAGAACUCCCUGGGAGCAAUUCUGCAACAGGUAGCCAAUCUGAAUCCUAAGGACCUCUCAUAUACUUUAAAGGAUUAUGUUUUUAAAGAGCUUCAAAGAGACUGGCCUGGAUACAGUGAAAUGGACAGACGGUCAUUGGAGUCAGUGUUGUCUAGAAAACUAAAUCCAUCUCAGAAUGCUGCAGGCACCAGCCGUUCAGAAUCUCCUGUAUGUUCUAGUAGAGAUGCUGUGUCUUCUCCUCAGAAACGGCUUUUGGAUUCAGAGUUUAUUGAUCCUUUAAUGAAUAAAAAAGCCCGAAUAUCUCACUUGACGAACAGAGUACCACCAACACUAAAUGGUCAUUUGAAUCCCACCAGUGAAAAAUCUGCUGCAGGCCUCCCGCUGCCCCCUGCAGCUGCUGCCAUCCCCACCCCUCCACCGCUGCCUUCAACCCAUCUGCCCGUCUCACAUCCUCCUCACAUUGUAAAUUCUAACUCCAAUUCCCCUAGCACUCCAGAAGGACGGGGGACUCAAGACCUACCUGUUGACAGUUUUAGUCAAAACAAUAGUAUCUAUGAGGACCAGCAAGACAAAUAUACCUCUAGGACUUCUCUGGAAACCUUACCCCCUGGUUCAGUUCAUCUAAAGUGUCCAAAGCCUAUGGAAGAAAACCAUUCAAUGUCUCACAAAAAAUCCAAAAAGAAGUCUAAAAAACAUAAGGAAAAGGACCAAAUAAAAAAGCACGACAUUGAGACUAUUGAGGAAAAGGAGGAAGAUCUUAAGAGAGAAGAGGAAAUUGACAAGCUAAAUAACUCCAGUCCAAAUUCCAGUGGAGGAGUUAAAGAGGAUUGCACUGCUUCCAUGGAAUCUUCAGCAAUUGAACUCCCAGAUUAUUUGAUAAAAUAUAUCGCUAUCGUCUCCUAUGAGCAACGCCAGAAUUAUAAGGAUGACUUCAAUGCAGAGUAUGAUGAGUACAGAGCCUUGCAUGCCAGGAUGGAGACUGUAGCUAGAAGAUUUAUCAAACUAGAUGCACAACGAAAGCGCCUUUCUCCAGGCUCAAAAGAGUAUCAGAAUGUUCAUGAAGAAGUCUUACAAGAAUAUCAGAAGAUAAAGCAGUCUAGUCCCAAUUACCAUGAAGAAAAAUACAGGUGUGAAUAUCUUCAUAACAAGCUGGCUCACAUCAAAAGGCUAAUAGGUGAAUUUGACCAACAGCAAGCAGAGUCAUGGCACUAGAACUCUGCUUGGACCAGAAGAUGUGAAUAAACUUAAGCUUAUUUAUUGAAAAUUCCAAAUGAGUUGCUCUAGAUUCUAAAAAGGUGAAACUUUGGCUGUUGAAAGUUUCAGUAUUAGUAAACUUGAGUUACUUUUUCUUUUCCAUUUUACUUUGCUUCCCUGCAUUUCGAAGCUGCUCUUUCUGGUCCUCCCCCAUCUCACCCCCAAGACUUGUGUUUGUUAAUAGAAAUAAUUUUUUAGGUAUUGGGGAUCCAUUGUCUAUAUUUCAAAUCAGUUUUUUCUCCUCAAAAACCUGCGUUUGUUAUUAGAAAUGAUUUUUUAGAUAUUGGGGAUCCACUGUCCACACUUAAAAGUUCUUUGUGUUUUAAAAAACAACAACAGUAAUGUGCAAGGUGAAAUGCUUUUGGAUAAACAUAAGCCUAUUUUUGACCUUUCUUAAUGCAAACUCUUUGCCUUAAAUGGUAGAAUAUUUAGAAAUUUGCACAAAAUUAAAAAAAUAAACAUUGUCUUGGAGGGUUAAAAAAAUAUAAAGGUGUAUGUGUGGAUUCACAUACACAUAUGUAUAUACAGGCUGACUUGAUCUAGAACAUUAAAUCUGCCCUGCAAGUUAACCCCCCAUUGCAAUGGUUGCCUUAAGGUGUUUGCUAGUUGUGUACAUAGUGUGGUUAAUCAUUAGCUACACUGCUUCCCACUUGAUUAGAGCAAUGGGAAGCAUAUUGUGGCCUACCAGCAUCUGGAAGUGUGUGCUCGAUCUGUAUGUGUGCAGAGGUGGUGUGGAUGUGAGCGUGCAUGAAGGAAAAAAAGCUGCUACUCCAAGUAGGCCAAACGCUCAGGUUAAACAACUGAUGAGUGUUACUGUAGGGUUUUGUUUUGUUUUUUUUCCUAUCAAAUUGCUACUUCUUUUGUGGAAGACAAAAGCAUUUCCAUUUCAACGAGUUUGUCAGCUUUAAUAUUGUUGGGCAAAAAUUGAUAUGUCAUGAAAAUGAAACAGAUCUAUAGUUUUGGGGCAAAUUAUAAAAUUAAAUGUGUAGGUAACCUAUUUAUAUACUGCUAUAAAGUAUUUUUUGAAGAGAGAUAUGCAAAGAAGCUAUUACCUACAUAAAAUGUAUAUUUAAAGAUUUUUUUUCAUCCUGGUGCCAGGAAUAUAAAAAAGAGUGGAUAUAUUUAACCAUAACAUACUGUGAUUCAUCAAACAGCACAAACUUUCAUUUCAUGGAGUUUAUCUGUUGACGUUGAUUUAAACUGUCACUUGUUUUAUCAUGUGGGAACAUAAGUUAUGUGGUCAAAAAUAUAAGGAUUUUGAACUAAUGUUGAUUCAAGUUGUAUUGUCGUAUUGUAUUGUCUUUUCAAAGUGCUGCCAGUUGAAAAGGGAAGCAUUAUGUUUACAAAUCUGUUUUGAAAUGUUUGCCAAAAUUUUGGUAGUGUCUUUAAUAAAGAUGUUUGUCUCCAGCAUCCAGAAAAAUAAAUAAAUAACUUUGUUGUGUAUCACUGUAAACCAGAAAAUUGUUGGUUAUCUAGAAAGUGUGAAAGAGCAUGUAGACUAACCUUUACCUUUGGAGUUCUUCUAAAACAUUAACUGGAAAGAUUACAUAAUAUACUAAAUGUAUACAGAUGUAUACAGACUAUACAAAGACUGAAACAAGACCCUUUUGCACUACAACUCUAUAACAAUACUGCAGAAAUUUUGUUUCUAUGUAGCAUGGACCUCCUAGGGAAUUCUAUUUCUUUUAGCAUUGAGAUCCCUGGUGCUCUUUUUUUACCUCAGAAUUGGUACAAUCAUUAUUAAACUUUAAUUUAUUUCAAACUUUUUAAUUGAAAAAGGAAAGGGAAACUUAAUUGGGGAUAAAUUCAGGCAUCCUAUUAUUAUGAUAGAGUCUCCUGAAGGGUUUGUCUGUAGGUAAUGAAGUCAUUGGUGUUAUUUCUUGGACAUCUUGGCCUUUUAAUCAAAGACUGUGUGCUGCUAUUUGCUAUGAGCAAGGUUUCUCAAAAGCAAAAGGUGCUUGGACCACUUGCAUCACCUGAGUUAGAGUCUCUAGGUACAGGGCCCAAGUAUCUGAAUUUCCACUGGUUUCCUAUAGGUGACAUUUUGCAAGCUAAAGUAUGAGAACUAUUGGCUUGGAUGUAGCUCUAAACUUUUAGGUCUCUAAAUCUUGAAAUCUUGAACUGAAGGUCAACUAUUGGCUUUUUUUCUUCUCUCUUUUUUUUUAAUGUCCAUCAUGUCAGCAGGUGCAAAUCACUUUUCCCCUUUGCAUGAUUUGAGGCACCUCCUCACUUGUUUCACUGCCAACUCUUAUUUUAGAACCUGUUUACAAACAAGCCUUCCAGUUGGUGAAUGGCUAACCAUUGGAGCUCCUACCCAUCAGCACAUCUUCUGGUUUACAAGUUGGGUAACAAUGAAAGCUGGACACGGUAAAUGGAAAUCCAGCAUUGCAUACCCUUAGACCUGAUCACAUACCAGUAAAAGCCUUAAUUUAGUUGUCAGUUACAUGUGUUGGACAGAUCCUUGCAAAAAAGUGUCUGUCUGUUAGUUGUAAAUUUGAAAGUUGUAAAUCUCUGAAUCUGCUAUUAUCCAAGUUUUAUCCCGUUUGAAGAUGGGGUAUGAGCCUAUUAAAAUAUACUUUUCAUUCCCUACUGCAAGACUAUUAGAUUCUUACAAAUGAUUGCUACAGGAAUAGUGGCCACUUAAUGUCAGUUACUCUGGUGGAAGAAUUUAUCUUGUUUUUUUUUUUCUUUUUUGGAAGGGUAGUUAGUGUAAAAAAUAUCAAGAUUAAAGAUUAGAGAAUGAGUUGUAUAGUUUUUCCCAUCACAUUUCAUCUCAAAUGAUUUGAAGGACUUUUGAAGAUUUUUACCAACAUCCUUAAAUCAACUCCAGAUUGAAUGAACAAUUGGUUUAAAACAAACCAAGAGAACAUUAACUAGAUGUGGGUUUUUUGAAAAAUAUAGGCAUUGCAUUUCCUACCUUGUUGAUUACUUAUUCCCCUUUGAAUACUUUAGAGGGGUUAACUUUCAACUCUUUAAGUCGUAAUGAAUGUUUUAUACUUGUUCUCACAAAAUCGUUAUGGUCAGUUUAUAUCAUUGCUCCAUGCAUUGAUUAUAAAAAUUCAGUAUUAAUUUUUUCUCUGAUUGAUCUUAUAAGCUUUAUAGGAGUUUUCUUUUCCCUUAUACUAUGUAACCUUAUUAUGUAAAACAAAUGCCUGCUUGCGUAUUGGAAGAUGUUGAAAUUAGUUUUAGACAAAAAUGGUCUAUCAGUUCAGACACUCUGCUUGGAUGCCUUACCCUUUUCAUUAGUGCAUUCUUUGCUUCUGAAACUUGGCAGAAACUCUUUAGCCAGUCCACUGCCUUUCUGACAAUGUGUGGAGUCACAUAUGCUUGGUAAAUGCCUUUACUACUUUUAAAGUUCUACAGUUUGUUACUUGCCCAAGUGUUACUAAAUCCUUUUCUUAUGUGUACUGAAUGGGGAAAAAAUUAUAGCCAGCACUUGAGAGGAAUGUUUUGGGAAAGGAUAUUAACUGGCACUACUAACUAAAGGCCACAGAAGAUGCUAUCAAUGUUAUUUGUAGAAUGAAGAUUGAACAAGGCUGUGAGGCUCAUUUCAAACUAUUUUGAGGUGUUAAAUUAUCUAUAUGCUGUUUCUCAGCUGUUCCACUCAAACCGUGUUAGGACUCUCGAAGGUAAAAUGUCACAGGGGCUUUUCAGUUGUUACUGAGCUCAGCAGCUGUGAUGGCCCCUGUUCUACACCAAUUUCAGUUCAAUAAAAAUGUUAACUUUGCAA